ACCGGAAGCGCUCUGCCCUUGCUGAAGUUGGAAGACGAACUCAAGAGGCGAAAGAAAGGGCAGGAAAAGACUCCGGAUUUACGGUCAAAUCAUUCGUUUAAACACGGCUAAAAUAUCACCCAACCCUAGAUUGAACUCAUGGUACCAUCUCUGUUAAAUCUUACGACCAGGUCUGGUCCAACAGACUUUUUACAAGCCACAAAUGUCAAAACGACUCACUUAACGAAAAGGGCUUCGGAGACCGACCUCGAUGGCAUCAAGUGUAAAUUAACAGACGAAUUUGGUUUGUUUAUUCAAGGAAUUUUAGCUGUUGUGGCCUUUAGUACAUUACUGUUAAAACGAAUCAGAGAGCCUCCGGGAGAAAGAAGAACAUUUAGGAUAUGGUUUUAUGACACUUCAAAGCAAGCCGUAGGAGCAGGAGUUAUCCAUUUUGCUAAUGUUGUACUUUCAGGUCUGUUCAGUGGAGAUCCCUGUACUUGGUAUUUUAUCAAUUUUCUACUGGAUUCUACUCUAGGCUUGGUUUUUAUAUGGAUAUUUCUACGUAUUACUCAAGUAAUAGUUGAUGUAUAUAAUCUUGAAUCCUUUAGAUCUGGCGUAUACGGAAAUCCUCCGCAGUGCCGUAACUGGGCAUGUCAAUGUUUAGUGUAUAUCUUAGUCGUCAUCUUUGAAAAAAUCACUGUAGCCUUACUAGUACAGCUUGGAUUCUGGGAAGACGUCAGGAAGUUUAUCCUUAAACCAAUCAAGAAUAACCCCAAAAUGGAAGUAGCAAUAGUGAUGCUUAUUGUGCCUUUUGUCUUUAAUGCUGUCAUGUUCUGGGUUGUUGACGGAUUUCUAAUGCGCAAGAGAAGAAAAGCUCUAGAUGCUUCAGAUGAUAAUAUUAAAGUAAAGUACCAGCGACGGCAAGACAAAGCCAAAUCACCCAAAUCACCCAACCAAUCAGACGAAGAGGCUGUAUUACUAGAAAACGUUAUUGAAGAUGAUUGCGACGAUGGCUUAUAUCACCGGGAAGUUAUCAGAUGACAAACUACUAAGAAGCACAAAGAUUUAUUAGUAUAGAUAAUAGAGUUUACGCCGGGAAUGUUGAACUUUGACACCCUAUUCAUAACUCUACUUCACUUGAUGUAAAUACGUAUUUCCAGGGAUUAUGUACAGGGCAUCUGUUCUCGCCAAGAUUUUUAUUUUUUACGUUUAGUUUUGCACUUGUAAAGCCGGAAGUAGAGUUUUUUUGAAGUUUGAUGUCGACUUCGUCAUGAAAAAAUUAAAGGUCCUUCUGGGAAGAUUAAAAAAAUAAAAUAAAAUAAAAUAAAAUAAAAUAAAUAAAUAGAUUAAUGUUGACACUUAAAAUUCCCAGUUGACGAGUGUAGUCCCAUUUUCGGCUCAAGCCAGGAGAGAAGGGGAAAACUCGAUGCUGUGUGCAAUGGCCCUGUUUCAAGCGGCAGCCAUGUUGGUUGAACAAUAGAUCCCUUCGAGCGUAGGCUGGCAUUCAACUGUUUGAGAAAUAAAGGCUUUUAUUUUGAUGAGAAUAAAUAUGGCCGCCGUGUGA